AUGAGUGAUCCUGUGGGCUUCUGGGACCCCUUGGGGCUGAGCGCCGACAAGGAUGAGGCUACCUUCAAGCGUCGCCGCGCAGUGGAGAUCAAGCACGGCAGAAUCGCAAUGUACGCAUGCAUGGGCUACAUCACCCCGGAGUACUUCAAGUUUCCGGGCUUCCUGUCCCCUUCUCUUGGUUUGAAGUUUGCUGACGUGCCGAACGGCCUCGCGGCUUUGUCCAAGGUGCCAGUGCUGGGUGGUGCCCAGAUCAUUGCCUUCUGCGGCCUGAUUGAGACCACUGGCUUCUUCCAGGCUUCCUCCACCACUGACGGCCGGGGCCCUCGUGAGGGCCAGUUCUCCAUGAAGGACUCCACCGAGUCCGCCGAGCCGGGCAACUACGGCGUUGGCUUCCCCACCUUCCUCGGGAAGGUCGAGGACCCAGCGGCCCGCAAGUCCAAGCUUGCGGCCGAGUUGGCCAACGGCAGGCUGGCCAUGAUGGCGAUCAUCGGCAUGUUCUUCCAAGAUGGUCUGACCGGCUCGGCCUGGGGCGACUGGAGCCUGUACACUUCCUCGCCUUUGAGGGCAAGGGAGCCCAAGGUCGCGCGGAACUUCUUCGGUGGCGACUCGACAGGCAGCGCUGGCUUCGACCCUGCCAAGGAGCUCGGCGUGCAAGAUCCUGUGGGCUUCUGGGACCCGCUUGGUCUGAGCGCGGACAAGGAUGAGGCAACCUUCAAGCGCCGCAGGGCAGUGGAGAUCAAGCAUGGCCGCAUUGCCAUGUAUGCCUGCAUGGGCUACAUCACCCCGGAGUACUUCAAGUUUCCGGGCUUCCUGUCCCCUUCUCUUGGUUUGAAGUUUGCUGACGUGCCGAACGGCCUCGCGGCUUUGUCCAAGGUGCCAGUGCUGGGUGGUGCCCAGAUCAUUGCCUUCUGCGGCCUGAUUGAGACCACUGGCUUCUUCCAGGCUUCCUCCACCACUGACGGCCGCGGCCCGCGUGAGGGCCAGUUCUCCAUGAAGGACUCCACCGAGUCCGCCGAGCCGGGCAACUACGGUGUUGGCUUCCCCACCUUCCUGGGCAAGGUCGAGGACCCAGAGGCCCGCAAGUCCAAGCUUGCGGCCGAGUUGGCGAACGGAAGACUGGCCAUGAUGGCGAUCAUUGGCAUGUUCUUCCAAGAUGGUCUCACUGGCUCUGCCUGGGGUGACUGGUCGCUCUACACGACUUCGCCGCUGAGGGCUGAGAAGGAGGCGGAGGCUCCAAAGCCUCCCCCGUUCGACCCGGCAAAGCAGGUGGGCGCCAUGGAGCCUCUGGGCUUCUUUGACCCAGCAGGCUUCAGCAUGGUCGGCGACAAGGAAGGCUUCCAGAACCUCCGAGCUGCUGAGAUCAAGCACGGGCGCGUGGCCAUGAUGGCGGCCCUGGGUGGGGUGGUGCAGCACUACGUGAAGUUCCCUGGCUUCGAUUCCGUGCCAGCAGGUCUUGGUGCAGUGGCCACCCCGCCGGGCACCUUCGGAUUCGCCGCGCUCUUUUUGGCCUCUGGCGCCAUGGAACUCGGCGUGUGGACGCAGGACCCCAACAAGGAGGCAGGCGACUUCGGCGACCCCCUGGGCCUCGGCCAGUACGACGAGGAGAUGCGCAACAAGGAGCUGAACAACGGCCGCUUCGCGAUGUUUGCAGCCUUGGGCAUUAUCUCUGCUGAUCUCCUCACUGGCAAGGAUGCCAUGCAGCAGUUUGGCUUGUAA